AUGGCCCCGGCGCCGCCUCCCCCAGACGCCGCCUCUGCUGCUGGCAUCCCGGCGGGCUAUGGCCGUUCGUGCACCAACUGCUCGCGCGCCAAGUGUCGGUGCAUCUUGAGGCCAGAGGGCGGCAAAUGCGACCGCUGCCAUCGCCUGGGCAAAGAGUGCCAGCAGAUGGUGACAUCGCGCAAGCGGGUGGCCAAGAGGACCACCGCCUCGAGGACCGCCCAGCUGGAGGAGAAGCUGGACGACCUGGUGUCGAUUCUGAGGGCGACACAGCAGCAGCAGCAACAACAGCACCAGCAUCAUCAGCAUCCGCAUUCGCAGCAGGCACAGCAGGCUCAUCAUGUCAACCAUUUGCAGCAGGCUCAGCAGCCGUCGUCUUCGCAGCCAUCCAUCAACGGCGUGUCCAACUGCGACAUCCCUUCGUCGUCCUCAACCUCGCCCAACUGCCAGCCCUAUGUAAGCCGGCUCGACUCGUUGGCCGACGCAGCAACGACAUCGCAUCCACGCUCCUCGAGCAUCUUGAGUCUGACGCCCCGGCCGUUGGAUAGCGACAGACUACCAGAGCCAACUCCUAGCGAAGCUGAAGUCUAUCUGGUCAAGUUUCGCCAAUGGCUCGAGUACUUCCCCUUCAUACACCUGGACCCCGACCUCACAGCCGAAGCUCUUCAUAGAGAACGUCCCUUUCUCUGGCUCUGCAUUAUGAAUGUCACAAGCAUGUCCAUGACGCAGCAGGCGGUCAUGCGAGAGAGAGUGCGACAGGAAAUUGCGCAGCGGAUGAUUAUCAAUCACGAUCGGAGCCUAGAGAUCGUGCAGGGUUUGAUCGCUCUGAUGUCUUGGGCAACGAUGAGCGCUGGUGUCGGCGGCAAACCUUUUCUGACUCUGUACAUGCAUAUAUGCAGCUGCAUCAUCUACGAGACGAACCUCACAAAAUUUCCCAACGAGGAGCAAUUUUCGACUGUCUGUUUCAAGGCUUGGGGAGGCAGGGCUGCUCCUCCAGCCAAAGAGCGCACAAUGGAAGAGCGGAGGAUGGUGCUUAGCUUUUGGUAUAUUACCUCAAUAUGUGCGGCUUUCCUCGGCAAAGCCGAGUCAUUGGUAUGGACGCAGCACAUGCAAGAAUCGUUGGAAGUUCUCGAGAGUGAAAAGGAGUACCCAUCAGACGAAAUCUUGGUGGCAAUGGUGAAGCUUCAGUUGAUUGGAGAGGAAGCCCGAAAACUCCUAGUAUGCGACUUUGUCGGUCGUGAUUUUGGCAGAGUCGACCCCGACAAGCCCCCCACAUACGUCUACAAGAGAAGUCUACUCCUCCAGUUGCAAAAGAUUCGUGAUACUCUACCGCAGGGAGUAGCGUCCAAACCUGUGAUACAAAUGCAGCUCUACAGCACUGAAACACAGGUCCACUCGAUUGGGCUCUUUGGCGCACCGAGAAUUCCAGACACACCGCGAAUCGAUGCCAUGUAUGCAGGUAUCAUGGCUGCCCGGGCCUGGUAUGAUGUUUUGUUUGCCAUUCCGCUCGCAGAGUUCAUUGGCAUGCCGUUUACUCUCUACGUGGAGCUUGCCCAGAUUCACGCUUUGCUAUAUAGAGUCACGACCCUGGACGAUCCUGCCUGGGACAAGGAGAUUGUCCGUAGUACGGCAGAUCUAGGUAACUACCUGGACAGGACCAUUGACCUGUUUACAAAGGCGGAUGCAUUGUACCCCCUGAGAGGUGGACCAGAGGAUAUAUCCAUCUUUGGGAAAUGCACAAAGGUGCUUCGCAAUGUGCGCUCGAAUUGGGAGCCAGCCAUCGUGCAGCAACCUAUGGGAGGGCUCCCAACGCCCAACAGCUCCGUUAUCCCGGGUGCGGCGCCGCAGCCUCCCUUGUUGGUGGACCACUCUAUGCUACCUGACCAAGACCUAUCAGCCGAUUUUGGUGACAUUAACUGGAUGACACAGGUGUUUGGGCCAUGGGAGUUUUGA